AGCCGCAGAGACGACUGUUGGCCUAUUAUCGCUUAUACUACUAACGCUCCCGGCCAACAGUCGCAGACUUCAACAUUGAACGGAAUCAAAAAAUCGCCGAAUAAACCAGCCGCUGCACUAAUCCUCGGAUCUCUGGGUGUCCCUCACUUCCUAACAGCCUUACCUAGCCAGCCGGAGCGUUUUCCGGCUCAAAAACCCCCUUCGCUAGCCGCGCCGGGACUAAAUCCACUCCGAAUGCACUGUAUACACACUCCGGGCGGCCAUCUUGAACAAAACUAAUAGAAACUGACGUCACGAUCAUGAGGGCGGGGCUUAGCCGGCGCGCCGAAUCAGCCGCGCGAAUAAGAAACUACUUUUCUGAUAAGCCAUUCCUAUGGGGAACAGGUGUCUCAAAGUUGGAAAGUUCCUGGAAUUUCAAAUAAACCGCAUUUAAGCAGAAUAACAAGUUGGAAAGGGUCUUAGAUAUUUUUGUCAAUGAGUUAAACAUGUUUCUUUUUCAAAACAAGUCACAAACAAAGUAUGAAACACUUUUGUCUCAAAAUCACAAUGGAAUAUUACACAGGAAUGAAUGGUAUGGCAAAUAUGACACCACUUUCACUUUUACUCACAUUGAUGCUGUCACCAUGGAGAGUUGCCACAAUUGUGGCAAUCUCUUCAUAAAAAGUACCAAAGGGUACAGUAGGAAGAGGAUUUCCACCAUAACCUCGCCACUGACGUACAAGCAGGUAUUUGCUGCAUCUCCAUCUGUAAGCUGCUUCCUCUGCUACUCCUGUAUCCAACAACUGAACAGCAAAACAGUGCAGUGGAAGGGGAAGAGAAAAUGGUCAGCAAGACACAGCCCAUCAAAAAGUCCUCCCCAGAGCCCCGUCAGAAAGAGUUUGAGAAUACAAUCAAGCUCAGGUCUGAUGGGGUCCUCUGGGCAGGUGGGAGAUGCAGUGAGGAUGCUGGCAAGAAAGCAGUACCUGAAAGCUUUCCGGCUGCUGCUACAGCACCCUGCCACCAAGCAGCAAAUGAUCACAGCAUGUAAGGAGGCCAUCCUUACUGAGCGGAAGAACCUCAAUGGGGACAAGAGCAGCCCAUUGAGAAAGCCUGUGACACUGGACAAUGUCACAGCUUUCUCUUGGCAGGAAACCCUGACAUGGGCAGAAGGGCAUGCCCCACUUCUGAUGGCAGUGUUGAAGGCCAUGUUUCCAAAGUCUGAAGACAAAGAGACAGUGGAAAGGAGGACUGGGCUCAUCCUCUCUGUGGCCCUGUACUCAAACAAGCGAGUCAGGUUCCCGCAGGCCUGCAUGGGUGUUCAGCUGUGGAAACAAGGCUGCCCACAGAAGGUGUUUGCCACACUGAACUCCCUGGGAGUAUCACAGUCCGUGCAAGCCGCAAGGAGUCAAGUUGACCGCCUCCGCCUUGGACAUGACAGCGAGGUCAAGGUCUGGAAACAAGAAGCAGAGAAAACUGCGGUUGGUGCCAGAAGACGGCUGUCAUUUGAAGAAGCACCACCAAGAGCAAAGGGCUACUCCUUAACUUGGGACAAUGUGCAGAUUGAUGCUCAUGCAAAGCACCACAGCACAGAACAUCAGAACACAUUCCUGAUGUGGGCAUUGUGCUUUGCCCACCAGAACAAAGUUCCCUUCCCACUGGCUGACACACCAGGGACUUUGAGGGCUGUUGAGGUGGAUCCUCACUCCAUCUUACCUGCACCAGAGGUAUUUACAUCAGUAAGAUCCAGAAUGGUGACAGUAGUCAGCAGGAUUCUGGUGGACAACAUACCCCCGUUUGAGUGCUUGAAGGGAAAGGUGAACCGGCACAUCCCACAUCAACAUUCAAGGGAGAUGAAAGAAAAGAGCAAUGUUGUCAACCUGGGUGUUGUGGAGGCAAACCCUUCAUCAACAGAGGGGGUCAUCCAGGUUAUGGAGACGCUCCAUAACCACGUGCCGGCACCACAGGGCAAGCUCCUCCCCAUACUGUGCUGUGGUGAUGGCCUCUCCAUCGAGAGGAUGGUACACAGCAAAAGAGCCCGCAGCAACGGUGAAACUCCCAGAACACGGCUGGAAGGCCUCGUGGAGGGCCCGCAGGAAUUUCACAGGGAGAUUCUUCUCCUCCAGGAUACCAUGGACGAGCUAUUCGAUCACAAGAGUGAGGCAUGCAGAGGGACUCUUUCUCAACUCAAGGCCUACUUCAGCCACAGAUCGUUGAAGAAGAAUGUACAAGAUAAUGUGCAGCACGUUUGGGACAUGAUUGAGUUUGCCACAUGUGCAUACAUAUGUCUGCUGGCUGUAGACAUCUGCAACAUGGGCAACUUGCAGGACACCCCUGCAGACUUCCCAACAAGUUCGACCAACGCCACCAAGCUCAAGUGGGUCACCAACCUCUCCCAGAAGAUUGUGGACUUCUGUUGGCAGCCACCUGAGGCAGAGGACAUCAUGCUAGCUGCCACAGCAUCGCAGGCAGACAGGGAUGACACGGAAGAGAUCUUCCCAUACUGCAGCUGUAUGGAGGACAAGGAUGAAACAAUGGUCAAGUGUUGCAGCGCAGUCUGCAAGCAAAGCUGGUACCACCUCAGCUGUGCAGAGCUGCAAGCUGCCCCCCACGACGACUGGUACUGCAGCCAGUCCUGUGCAGAUGAUGGUACAUACAUUUACUGUAUGUGCCACCAGAGGAAAGGUGGGGAGAUGGUGCAGUGCCACCUUGGAGACAAAUGUCUCCACGAUGAGUGGUAUCACAGCGACUGCCUGUGUGGCACAGAUUUUGAAGAUCAAUGGUACUGUUCGGAUGACUGCCUCCAAGGGGCUAUGUCUGAAGACAAAGUACAAUGCUACAGUAAGGCUCUCAUGUGGGAAGGCUUGUGCCAUCUUGUUCGCAGAGACUGCGUGAGAGAAGGAGAUGGGCCUGCCAUGAUCCAGACAUGGCAGAUGGACAUGGUGUCAUUCUGGAACAAACGCCACUACAAAUACUUCAUCAUAGGCCAUCAGAUGCUCACAGGAAUAGGAGGGUUCCUGCCCGAGAGGUUGAGGCACGACCUUACAUGGAACCGGGUGGCAAACUUGAAGGGGGGUCCAGGCAGCAACAUCGGCCUUGACCUUGUCAACGAGUUCCUAAACAACGACUUUAAAGACAUGUUGAAGCACUCUAGGGGUCAAUACACCGACACCCAGGUCCAAAGGUGUGCCGAAAUGAGCGGCCCCUUUGGACGUGAGUUGGACAGAGUCUUCACGGCGGCUGGACUGGGGUCGUACAUCACCCAUGCAUCAACGUUCAGCCACGAUGGCAGAUACCAGGCAGACAUCGACAGGUUCGUGUCUGACUUCAAGGGUGAUGGACUGUUUGCGUACCUGCCAGGCCGCCAACACACUGGCUUUGAGGAUUACACAUACAACUCAAGAAUCAGGCAGCCUGAAAAGAUGGGUGGAAAGUUGAGGCAGUUGGCAAAGGAGAUGGACUUGUGGGCAGACAUUGCCAAGAGCAGUGGCCAAUAGACUAGAAGGGACUCUAUUGUUUAAACCUAUGAUUUACAU